UUUCGUUUUAUUUUGAUAUUAGACUAGAUUGACUAUGUUAACAUGCCAGUUUAUUAGAUGAACAGGUGUGCUAAAUAAAUUGUUCCUUUCUCAGUUCACGAGGCAAAAUGUGUCAAAGAUGCCCCUGGACACAUUUAUUUGUGGGACCUGCAUGGUUUCAUUAAACGAUAUUGAACAAUUCAUUCUUCACAAAAAUGAAUUAUGUUCAAAAUCUGCAACCAGUCAGGAGGGUAACCAAACAAUGGAGGCUGGAGCAACCACACAAGUCAAUGAAGUAACUAAUCUGGUCCACAUACCCUCUUCCGAGGACAUGACCAUGGCUGUGACUGAUGAACAUGGUAAUGUGGUCAGUACAGCAGUAACUUUGCCAGGAUCUGAAUCCCUUCUUGCCAACACUGGCACCAUCUUCCAGGGAGAAAAUCAGCAAACAGUUAUCAUUUUACAAGGAGAUUUACCUACCUUUAACCUGGAAAAUGCUGAACAAAUAUUCACUGAAGUUAAACAAGAUAAAGCUAAUGUGGAAAUGUUAGCAGGCUUGUACAAGAAGAGAGGCAGAGCAGGGAGACCAAAAAAAGUUAAAUCAGAACCAAAAGUAUCAGUAGUGGAAACCAAAGAGAAAAAUAUACCAGAAAUUGGUGAAGAUGGGAAGUUACUGUGCACACGCUGUAAGAAAUGGUUCUCUAGGGAGAGGGUAUUUAAUGCCCAUAAAUGUGCUGCACUGUCGGAAUAUCUAGAUUUUACUGUAAAAGACGGCCUAACAACAGACCCAGAUGAUAACCAUAUGCCGCAGGAUGAUCUUGACGAUGCUGGCGCGCUGGAUUUAGACUUUAAAGAUUCGGAAUACAAAAUGCCUCCAAUGCUGUUUAAAAAACAUCAUCACGGUAAAUACAAACGCAGAAAAAUCUCCACUGAUCUUGACGCAGAAAGCGUAACUAGUCAACCUGGUGAAGGAAAUGCUGUGAAGUCGGAGGUAUUGUCUGAAGCUGGUGGUCAGAAAGGUGUUAUUGAAGGAUCAUCAGAGUCGGAGAAUGCAGCAUUGAUAGGGGACGCUGUGCCGAUAAUAUCUGCAGAUGGAAACGUUUCAUUUUAUACUGGUUCACAAGAUGGUCAGGAUGAGUCCUCUUUCGGUCAAGUACCAGUCUGUCAGGUCAAAGGAGGUCCUGACAUAGAUGAGAGCCACGUGAAAGACACUGAUCAGAUCGGAACCCUUCCUCUCGACCUCUCUGAAGAAGAGAAGUGUGCCUUCGAGGCAGCACUGAAUGUGGACCUGAGUGGUGUGGAUGGCAUGUUCCGAGUGCAUUGUAUAGAACAAGAACUAAAUUCAAACGUGUCACAGUUAUCUAGAUUUUCAUCUAACACGCUGUCAUUGUACUCGUGCAAUACCUGUGACAAGGUGUUCAAGUCGUUGUCACAUAUGAGAUUCCAUGUGCUUAUUCAUACUGAGUUGAGACCAUUUAAAUGUAUUAAAUGUAACUACACAUCAAAUGCAAGAGGUAAUUUGUAUACACAUAUUCGGAAGCACACUGGCCAGUAUUAUAAAUGUGAUCAGUCAGGGUGUAAGUUUAGGACUGUCAACAAGAGUCAUCUCAUUGAGCAUGCCAUGAUUCACAAUGGUGAGAAACACCAGUGUGAGCUGUGUAGGAAGUUGUAUAACACACAGAAAUCUCUGAUGAGUCACAUAAGAAAAUACCAUGACAACCUUAAAGGAAGGGAAUAUCUGUCAACAUUCAUGCAAGGUCGUGACAUACGUGGAUCAACAGUGAUUCACCAGUGUCACGUCUGUAACCGGAAGUUCAAGAAGAAGACGGAUCGUGACAGACAUUUGUUUGUUCACGAUAUAAAAGAUCUGCCUGUCAUAAAACAUUGUGACCUGUGUGACUACUCGGCAGCUAGAAACAAGUACCUAGAGAAACAUUUCCAAAAACACAGAAAUAUUUAUAGGUGCUGUAAAUGUAAAGAAAUGUUCCUUAGCUCAAUAAAGCUGGUAGAGCAUCUAACAUCAAAUCACGUUGAUACAACUGACACGGAGUCAUGGGAGAAGUUAUUUGAGGAAAGUAUAAUGAAUAGCUUGUACCUGCCCGAACCAGAUCAGAUAAUGUCCGAGGAGGAGAAAAGUCUGGUCAACCUGCCAUCAGAACUCUCUGAAUCCAGUAUAUACCAGCUGAAGUUACAGAACUCUGGGGAAGAUGAACUAGCCAGCAAGUUAAUUGAUGGUGCUGAUGUGUUCAUUAAUAAAGUACCUGCUGUAACAGUGGAGGAAAAUAAUACUGAAGAGAAGACGGGUUUACCUGUAGAGACUGUUAACAACCUUGAUACAUAUGUAGAAGUGGAAAAUGCUGGUUCUGAAGCUAACAAUGAGGUUAUUGAAGAAACAAAUGAUGCCAGUUAUGUUGCUGAAGAAACCGAUGCUGAAAUUAAAACCAAUACUGAUAUUGAUGAAGAAAAUAAAUCAGAAAUUGAGCCGCUUGAAAAUGUUGAUGGUGAACCAGAAGUGACAGGUGACCAGGAAAAGGUCAUUGACUCAGGAGAGGUUGUUGAAAAAUCGGACACUGACAUUCUAAAUGAAGCUGCUGAAAGUGCUACAACGGCUGUCGUUGAAGAGACUAAUCUGACUGAAGAAGAUAUUUUAGGUAUACCAGGCAAUACGUCAAACUGUUCGGCUUUGAUUGAGAAACUUGGCUAUUUGCCAAUGACACUGGAAAUAUUUCAGAAGAUGCGUGACACAUUUGGUUCAGAAGAGUGCGAAUAUUGUGGACGACUAUUUUUCAGUAGGGCUGAUUAUGAACCUCAUGUUAGAACACACACAGGCGACAAGCCACAUGUUUGCCAGGUUUGUGGAUUCCGUGCAAUAACUAAAGAUAAUCUGAAGAGACACGUAGAUAAAGAGCACGAAAAGAUAUCGUAUCCUUGUAGAGAAUGUUCGUUUAUAGCGUCAACUAGAACACAGCUUUGGAAUCAUUCAAUGACACAUAAAGGGCUGAAAGGUUUGGAGUGUCCCAUAUGUCAGAACCAGUAUAACUCAAUUAAAGAGCUAAAAGAUCAUGCUCAGGUUGCCCAUCCUACCUCCAACACUGAAGAGCUGGACAAGAUUCUUUCCUAUAAACAUAAAGCUCAGGGAAAACUAGGAAGGCGGUCUUAUAAAUGUCCACAUUGUAGUAAAGUAUUCCUGCGUGCCAGUUCAGAACUACAGAAACAUAUCUGGAUUCAUGAAGGUGUUAAACCAUUUAAAUGUCCACUAUGUACAUACGCUUGUCGCAGCAAGAAUAAUCUCCAGGCACAUAUGUUGAGGCAUUCAAAGGAAAAACCAUUUACCUGCUGGGAGUGUGGAAAGGCGUAUAAAUCAAAGACAGCAUUACGUUGGCAUGUUAGAUCACAUGAUGGAAAAUUGUUUAAGUGUGAUAAAUGUCCAUAUGAGGCUACACAGAAAAGUCACCUAAAACGUCACAUGGAGACGCAUGAAGUUAUCAAGAAGUUUGUGUGUGGAGAAUGUAAAUUCUCAGCUAAUACACUAGGCUUCCUAAAAGUCCACUACGCAAGGUUUCAUAAGAACAUUAACAUUCAGGAUAUUGCCCAGCUGGGCAGUGCCCCAAUAGAGGUAUCUCAGGAAGUGAACACGUUCAAGUGCAUUAGCUGCGACUACCUCUUCGGUAAUCUCACUGAUUUAAAGCGCCACCUACGAACACGGCAUCACGUCAGUGUGCAAGAAAUACAAAAAGUACACGACAGUCAUGGAAAUGUGUCUGAAGUACAGGUAGUACAAGUUGAAGAUCCUUCUCAGAAUCCAGUUACUAUGGAAGUUAUUUCAGAAGGCACUCAGUCCCAAAUUGUUACUGAUGAAAAUCUAGAUGAAAAGACAGCAUCUGCAGUAAAUAUCCUCCAACAGAUUAUUGGAAUGUCUCAAAAUGGCAGUCUAACUGGUGCCCAGCAAAUUGAUGGUACUUCAGUGCUACAGAUGAAUCCGGAAACCAUCAUAGUUCAGCAGGAUGGGAGCCAGAUGUAUGUGUCAGCAGAGAAUGCCACAGAAAUUGAUGGGAACCAGUAUGUGAUACAAUAUAUACCACAGACAGACGAGGGGACAGGGGAAGAAGACAUGAGGAUGAUCGAGGUACAGGAAGACACAGUAGAAGCUCACGUCCUUGAUGAGGUCACAACAGAUGUUCACUCAGAAAUAGUCACAACCACUUGAUAACAGUUAUAUUUGCUAUAAAAACAUGUUAAUUGUCAGAGCUCAAUUAAUCCAGGGUUGUCUAAGAGCAAAGCAAGUCUCAAAAUAAACUACCGUAUAUUCUGUGAUGAAGACUUCCUCUCUAAUCAAGAUCCCCCGCCCCCUUUCAAUUUUGAAGAAGAAAAUGAAAGAGUUACCAAGAUGAUAGUAUUAUAUUUAAAAUUUAAGGAAAUAAGCAGAAAUUUUAACUUCCAAAAUACAUUAUUCAGAGGAUUAUAACACAAAAAUGAUCAACAUUCUUUUUAUGUUCUAUAAUUAAUACUCACCUUUUGGAAAAUGUAAUGCCACUGGGGUGUUUGUUAGAGAUUAUAU